UCUUUGACUUCUCUCUCUCUCUGCUCUCUCUCGCUCGUUUUCUUCCCUUUCUCCCUCCCAUUUUCCUCCCCUCAAGGCUUACAUAGCACAAGGCUUCUGACAGGGAUCAAGGGGGAAACAAUUUGGUUGGGCUUUACCGAUUUUCUUUUUCUUUAAUUUUUUUUUUAAAAAUCCUUUUUUGUUUUACGUUUAGUGUGAAGCAAAAAGAUUGUACUAGUCAGCGUUGAAAUGCUAGUUCUUUUCUUGUCUCUCUCUCUCUCUGUGUGUGUAAAUAUAUAUAUAUAUGAAUACACACGCAAUCUAUGUAUGUACAUUUUUGAGUAAACAAGAGUAAAAGUCCGUUUCAGCUGGCCUGAAGAUAUGAGGCCUUGGAGAGACUAUCUAUUUCCACAACAGCACCAAGUUCCUGUUACAUUACAUGUUGCUCUCUGCUGAUGGCAGUUGAUAAUUGGUAGCCACAGUCUGUGGUCUGAGCGCAGCUUUUUGUCUAGCACCUGGGCUGGGCCCUGCUGAUAUACAGUGGAGUGAGAGAGAGUCACACACAGACAGAAAAUAAGCUAGCUGUAACUGUGCAACUCUGAGUGAGCGGCCUCAAGAGGAUAUUGCCUCACUGCAUGGAACUUACCUGAGGCUGACUGGUGAUGCUGUGUGUGCUGGGGGGUUCACAGAGAGGCUUGAAUCCCUUUUCCAGAGGACACGAUUAUGUCCAGUGAACAGCGUAACAGUACAGCGUUGAAGGAUGCUCAGUUAAAAGACCUGUUAUUGGAAAAAGCUGAACUGGAGUUUGUUCAGAUAAUCAUUAUAAUCGUGGUGAUAACUGUUAUGGUGAUAGUGAUCAUCUGCCUGUUGAACCAUUACAAACUCUCAACACGCUCUUUCAUCAACCGACAGAGCCAAAACAGGAGGCAGGAAGAAACUUUGCAGCCGGAAGGGUGCUUGUGGCCUUCAGACAGAUCAGUGUCACGACAAGGUGCUUCAGAGAUCAUGUAUGCCCCAAGGUCCAGGGACAGGUUUACCGCUCCAUCAUUCAUGCAGCGGGACCGUUUCAGUCGCUUCCAGCCAACCUACCCUUACAUGCAGCACGAGAUUGACCUUCCUCCGACCAUCUCCCUCUCUGAUGGAGAAGAGCCACCACCAUACCAAGGGCCAUGCACACUGCAGCUCCGGGACCCAGAACAGCAGAUGGAACUCAAUCGAGAGUCUGUCAGGGCACCACCCAACAGAACCAUUUUUGACAGUGACUUGAUAGACAUUUCAAUGUACAACGGGGGCCCAUGCCCACCAAGCAGCAAUUCGGGCAUAAGUGCAACCAACUAUAGCAGUAAUGGAAGGAUGGAAGGACCACCCCCAACAUACAGUGAGGUCAUGGGUAAUUACCCAGGCUCCUCUUUUUUCCAUCACCAGCACAGCAAUGCACCUCCUUCAUCACAGAGGGGGAGCAGACUUCAGUUUCAGCAGAACAAUUCAGAGAGCACAAUAGUCCCUAUUAAAGGCAAAGACAGGAAACCAGGAAACCUUGUCUAAGUUACUUUCCCAGGUGCACUUGAACUGAAGACAAGAGAAUCAAACAGGAAUGUGGAGGAAAAUCCCCACAUUCCUGUGCACAAUGUUGUUAAGUUACACGUGGUACAACUUAGUAAAACCAAACGUGCAAACCAGUUCUUUGUUUCUGAUUCCUUUCAGGGGAAUUGCAUGCAAAGUGGAUUGAGAUAAUACAAACUUCCAUUCAGUUUGGCCAUGAGCAGUGUUUUGGGGGAAAAUAUAUAUUAUUUUUUUUAAAUAAACUAUUUGAAUUAUUUAAUUCUAAAAGGAAACUUAGCACAGAAAUUAGGCUUGUACAGCCUGUUUUAUAUUAACUGAAUGGCAGAGAGAAGAAAAUGAGAAGAAAGUUUUGCUAGGUAAACGGGAGAAGAAUCGGCCAGUUUGCUUUUUUCUCCCAAGGCGUGGAAUUUUUUUUAUAUGAAUCAAAAUUCCUGUUUUGUGUGCCAAGGUGUAAAGUUGAGAAAUUAGAUGAAUGCAAGGAGUUAAUUUGUGUUGUGAAAAAUGUGUUUUAAAAAGUUGCACUAUCUUAAUGUUUUAAAAAAUAUAUAUAUGAGGGAACUGUUUUACGUGAAGUUCUUCUAUAUGUUGUCUUUUCAAAACCUGUGGAAUAAUGAUUAGACCCCAGAAGUAAUCUGGAGGAGUUUGCCCCACCUGGUAUUUGUCACUGAAAGGGGAUUGUUGAAUUUAGCCUAACACCUAUUGACGUACAUAAAUCAGGAAAUACAGGGACACUUAACAUGUUAUUAUCUUUGCAGUAAUUUGCAUUAAAAUAACAGUGCAUCAAUGAAGUGUCUUGGAGACUUUUGGAUGGAAGUAAGCAAACAUGAAAUUCCAGCAUUUCACAUCACUUAGGUUGUUUUAGCUAUUACACAGUUUAGGCCAUUUGUUUCAUUUAAAGCAAAACAUGCUAAUUUAUAUUAAUUAUUAACAAAGCACUGUCAUUUUUUUUUUCCUUUUCACAAUGCAGUAUCGUUAAUACUUAAAGUUUUAGAGAUUUUGUCUUCAGUGUAGCCUGAAAUAUAUUUAGUCACAUAUCCUGACGUUAUGCAAUAAAUUGUUUAAAAAUGCAAGGUGGUUCUGUCCUGUCCCCCCCAGAAUGCAGUUAAAAUAAGUGACUCUUUCUUGUGCAUUUUACUGUCCAGUUUCUAUUUAAAUUCUCUACUGAGAUCCAUCCUGUUUAAGCAAGUGGACCUCAGUAACCAUACCCCCUCCUAUGCAGUUUCUGCAACACAUUUGAUACUUUUUACAGUGCUAGUGAUAUUGGCAAUGGUUUCUGCAGCAUUUGAAAGCCAUUGGAAGUGACUUGGGAGCCCCGGUUAAUCUCACUGUAAGCCAUUAGCCUUUUCCUCUGGGCCUGAUCCUGCAAACCCUUACUCAUGCACGUAAUCCCAUUGAGCCCAAUGGGACUAGGCACAUGUGUAAAGAUUACUCACGUGUGGGAGUGUAGGAUCUGGCCCUAUUUUUGUAAUACUCGUCUUAAAGUAGUUGGAAGAUAUGUGUCUGCCUGUCGAAUGUUGCCUAGGGUUUUACUUUCUUUCCAUGGUUAGCUUCUCUGCCGAAGUUAAUGUAAGAAUUGGAAGGCAAUUGAAGAAUGGUGGUAGUGACUUAAAGAGCACACAGAAAAAGCACAAUAUGCACUUAAAAUGCAUUUUGGAAAUGGACUUUAAAAGAAAAAAAGAAUCUUUAGAGUCUUAGUUUUAAUAUUCCUAAUAUAUAUGUGUAGUAGAGUUUUCACUGUAAGGUCUCACUUUUUCUACAGUCUUAAGCCCAGUGCUUUGUUAACAGCAGCAACCAACGAGUGCAUCAAAUGCACUGCAGAAAAGUACUGUACUGUACAGCACCUGUUCCGAUUGCUGGAGGUUGGAUUUCUGUGUGACUUCUACAUACGACAGGGCUUGAUUGAAACAUUGAUUACUGAAGUGAAUCUUUGAUCUAUGCAGAGUUUUAAUGCCAAAACAGCGUGUGUGUAUGCAUGUGUGUGUUCAUUUUAUGGGUCUCUGUAUAGAUAACUUCCUUAGUGAGGUGACUUUGUACUAUUCUAGCUUGAUGAAUAUUGGAAUAACUAUAUUCUGAACAGACAGCCCCAUUUAUAACUGAUCAGAAUCUGCUUGUUUCUUGAUCUGAAUUGUCCCUGGUAAUGCAAAGUGAACCCUUUUUAUUUAUGUAGCUAUAUUUGAAGGGAGAAGUAGGAGACUGGAUUUAGCAGUUUCCCUUACUAAUGCCCCCAGCACAGAUGUUUAUGGGAUGACUGACUAGCUGUCUGUCGAUUAUAGCUCUUGCCUUUUAUAGUCUCUGGGAGUAAUACAUCUUGGAAUUAGGAUUUUACAGAUGACCUGCAGGUUUAGGCCUGAGGCAGUAUCCACAAUUUAAGUCACUUCAGUGACUUUGUUGCUAGUAGAGGUGAGCAGAAGUGAGUUGUUGCCUAGAUCAGGAUUAUCCAGCCCUGAGGCAUCUAGGUCAGAGAACAAAUGGAAAUCAAUUGUCAUUCAGUCAGGGAACCACUGGGCCAGGAGAAGGGCAGGUGAGCAGUCCUUGGCAUUGGACCAGUUUGAAUACAAGCUGUCCCACUGCUCUGCAGAUCUCAUUAAAGCCACAUCUACUGACUUCAAAGCCACCUCUUGGGAAUGUAUCUUCUUUGAGGAUAACCCUUUACUAUCUUUCCACCCUAGUGUCCCAGUGUGUUGGUGUAACUCCUAUUAACAUUGAUGGAUGUGAUGCAUGCACAUACAGAAGAAAACACCUAUCACAAUGGUCUGUUAGGUUUCCUUGAACUAGGGUUACAAACACUGCAGAGAAAGUAACACAUUAUCUCAGCUCUGCAAAAAGAGAUUUUUAGACUUCAUUCUGAUUAUAUCUUAAUGAAUGUUAGUAAUCUCUGAGGUGGAUUCUGCCAACAAUAUUACAAAGGAGUGCUCUUUCUUUCUUUCUGGUCAUAGAGAACAGAGAACACGCCAGCACCGUUAGAACUGAACUUCGAAAGAGAAAAUAAGAAGAAAUGAUAUCAAACAAGAAGUCACUGUCAGUCUGUUCAGGCUCAAAAAUGGGCAUUCUCUCAAGGGAGGUAAAUUCUAUGCAGCAAUUCUGGAGGAGUCUCUGUAAAAAGACUCAGGACCAUAUUCUACGAUGUCCUAGCCACCCAAAUGUCAUUUUUAAACUAUUAAAUUGUUAUAUGUUCUUCAGAUUAUCACAUGGGUAAAACUCCACAUACAUGGUACAUGUUUGUGUAUGUGUCCAUGUAUGUAUAUUAUAUGUAAAAUACACACAAAUAUACCACAUAUGUAGAGGCUUUUAUCCAGGUUUUUAUCCUCUGACUGCCUCACUUGCCCUCUGCCCAAUAACCUAUCUUCCUCAAGAUUUACUGAAACACGCCACAUUUCUGAGCAACUUCAAACAGCUGUUACUUUUAAAAAAUUUAAUCUUUCAGAAAUAGAUAUUCUCUCCUCUUCUCUCCACCUCAAAAGUAGAAUUCCUCCCCAAAAUUACCCUGUUCUAAGGCCCAGGCUGGACAAGUUUCAGCUGUUGGACUGGUGUCAGCUUUUCUAGUCAGAAAAAUGUCUAAUCUUCAGAGUGUGUUGCCUGGUGGUCUCACAGGGAUAGGAAAGGGAGCUUUAUGCUAUCAGGAAGAGGGGAUUACAAACUUCCCAGUGGGAUACAUAUCACUUACUUCUAGCCCUGGAAUUACAGAAAAAUCUCUCAAGCCUAUUUUUAGAGGUUUGCCUGGCUCCUUCUGAGCACGGCGCAGUUGGACUCCUGGUAUGUAAGGCACCUGACUUUAAGGUAUGAAUGAGAGAUGAAAAAUAGUCCCAGUAAAAAUGUUAAAAGCUCUCUCAAGUAUUCUUAAGAUAGCGUUUCUGUAAGGUGUAUGGCAUAUAGAGAAUACAUGAUACAAUGAUGUGAUAGGAAGGUUUGGUCAUCAUUAGUUUGGGAUGAUUUCCGUACGCCCCACUCAUAGCUUUGUCACUCAUGAGCAAUGCAUCUAACCCAAACUCAUGCUGAUAACAUUUUACCACACUGUUGUUCACUCUCUGUAUGUGAGAAAACACGCACACAUUCUAUAUAUGCAGUCAUGAUCAACAGAAUAACUACCUUUAUUUUUGUUUCUGCAACCAUGGAAUUAAUUGGAACCGUGCAAUUAAUUGCAUUUAUUUUGCACCUUUGUCCUCAUUUUCAUUCUGCCCACUAAUGCAUCCCAGUUGGAGCUACUUCUGAUGUUCCAAAUCGCAAUACUACUAGCUUCAAAUGAAGAAGAGCCUGCCACUACAUUUUUUCCUAUAAUUGUGGCUUGGGUGAAAACGGGAAUUGAAAUUACACUGCUGCAAGAAUAGCACAAUUCACUAGGAAAAAAGCUUUAGUCCAGUGAAGAACAUUCUCCUGUUCUCCUGUAGGAAGCAUUCAUUUCUAGCCCUGACAGAGAGUGUGUCAUUGAACCUUAAAACUGACACCUUCAUUUGUAAGAAAUGUUUGAAGGUUUUAAAAAUGUUUUAUAACUAACAUUUCUCUGACUCGGAGGCCACUCAUGGUAACUAAGGCAACCUGGCUUUACAGGCAAGGAAUACAAAAAUACAGUACCAAUCAAAACACACACACACUAAAAUUGUUCUUAAAAAACUUGUAAGCAGGAGGAAUAAACAAAACACCUGCUGGUGUGUUUGAAAGGAUUAAUUGGGAUUUGGAUAUUUGGGGUUUUCCCAGAAACUCUCAUAGCUGCCCCACCCUGGACUCAUGCCAUACGUGACCAUUGUUUGUGUUUGCCCACACAGACGUGUACACCUCUCUAUCUGUUCUAGUUAUCCAGAUAUUAAUUAUUAUUCUAUAACCAUCUUCCAGGGAUGCUGCGUGGGUUUAUUUUCUGUCAUAAGCCAGUUUAAAAUGUCCCUUUCAUACUAUAGGAAACUAUUUUGAAUCCUGCUGUUGAACAUGGCUCUGUUACAUACCUGGGCAGUGGCAGGUAACCACUCAAAAGGUUGAAAGUGUGAGGAGCACCCGCUCUCUUCCCUCGCCCUUUGAAUAAUGUACGGUACCCUGCUUCAACCAGUUGCCCAGGUUCCCAACUCUGACAUGGGGCACUGGUGCAUCUUCCAUCCAACAGCUCUCCUCAUUAGGAUGCAUUUGAAAGCAGUCCUCAUAUAUUGGGAACUGGCCUGCAGGAGACCGCUUGUACUGAGGUCCUGCAGUGAAACAGAUUUUUAAAACUACAGAAGCACAUUGUCUCUAAUAAACCUAGGUGGUACUAACAAGGGACCCAUGUUUGAGAGUUGGUUCAGAGGAAGCUUUGCUUUAGGUUACUUUUGUUUUUUGUUUCAUUUAAGGGCUGUUAUAAGAAUCUUGUGAAAUAUGGUUGGCCUUUCCCGUUGUGUACAUGCCCCGAAACUAACCCCAAAUGUGUCACUUUUGUUUCCCCCCCACCCCCACCCUCACUCCCAAGGAGGUACUGUCAUAGAAUUGUUUAACAUCUAUAGAGGCCCUUAUAGCAGCAUUUCACGUGUAAAAAACCCUUGUGGGGAUUUGUCUGAGUUACAUCGUUUCAGCUGAACUUUCAGAGUUUCAUUUUAAUUUAUCUUUACUUGCUAUGUUUCCUUUUUAAAUUACAAUUUACACUUCUCGUUAUGGGGUCCCACUUUAAAAUCCAGACCAAGACCCACCUACGAAUGUUGGCUCAGGCCUGGUCUGCACUUAGCAGUUUUGCUGGCAUAGCCAUGUGGCUCUGGAUGUGAUCCGCACCUCCUUGACUAACAUAGGUAUGUCAGCAAAAGCCCUAAUGUAAAUGCAGUUAAACAAAUGGCACAAAAGUCCUUUUGCUAGUCUAGCGUACUCCAUUCGGGGAACUGGUAAAAGAUCUUUUGCCGAUAUAAGCUGCAUCUCCACCACCGGGGAUUUGCCAGUAUAUAGGUAUAGUUAUACCAGCAAACCCUUCCACAUGUAGGCAAGGCUCAGUAUAGACGAAGUGCUUUGUCCAAACAGUAAAUAGCACCAAUGCAAAAUUUAGAAGCCGAUUCAUGCUUUGUAAAUCAGCCACAAAUAUUUUGCUUUAAUACAUUUAAAGGCCACUAACACCUCAUUUGUAAUCAUUCAUUCUACAUUUCUCUGCUCUCAAAGCAAAGCAGGGAAGGUCGAGCUUGGUUUGUACUGAAAAUGUCAAAAACUCUCCUUCUGGCUGUACUUCUGCCUUGGCAUAUUCUGUGUUACAUCUUUAGAAUAAAUACAAGCAAAGCUAGUAUUGCUUUAAUGCUAAAAUAUUUUACCUUUUUGUGUUUAAAACAGAGAGAAACAAACAAAAAGAAACCCGCCCUGUAUGUGAUUUACUGCCAGGGAUGACUGUGGCUCAUUUCUUUGCUAUAUUGCUGCUGCUGCUGCUUUAAAUGGUUUGGUAUGUGAGUUUUCUGAUACCACGUGGUAUGUGUUUGGAUCUCGUGGGUGACAAAGCUGUCUUUUUCUUCAUCCUUUCUCUCCUCCGUUUGUGCUUGUCUGUCUGCUGUGGUAGGGGUAUUAAUAAAUAAAUAUAUACAUAUAUAUUAGAUAUAAUUUUGAGGAGGUUUGCAUGUUAGUAGUUUGUAAGCAACUAAGGGGCCUCAUGUUCAGGUCUGAGCAGAUAGGAAUCCGCUUGCACUCUAGGGGCCGGAUCCGAAGCUCAUUGAAGUCAAUGGAAAGACUCCCAUUGAUUUCAGUGGACUUUGGCUCAAGUCCUAUGCUCCCACCUUUGUUGUGCCUCACUUAAAAUGGUGCUUCUUCAGUUGUCUGUCUCUUCUUCUGAGUUUUAUUUGUAAGGUGCUGUAUAUAACUUGAAUAUAUUAUGCACAUAUCCUACCCAAUGGGUAGAACAAACAAACAAAAAAAGACAUUGUUAAUACUGUAAGAUAAUGUAUAGAUGAUACCAAUUUUAACACAAAAAGGGCAUUGAAUUUGUGAAUGCCUACUUAUGUGCUUGGUCCUCUUUUGUAAGAAAAUUUGCAAAUGUAUGCAUACAAAUGACAAAAAGUCUAUGUAUUUUAUUUUCCUAUUAAAUAUCAAUAUAAUAUCAUAAGGGAAAAGAAGAGUUUGAACAAAUCACUUUUGACCAGCUUGUAUAUAGCAACUGGUUGUUUGAUGCAUCUUUGCGAUGAAGAUCAUUCUUUUUGUGUGUGUCACUUUAAGGAAAAAGAAAAACAAAACAAACAAACCUUCACAGCUUUAACUUU